AUGGCUCCUACGAAGCCGGAGGCCAAGGUGCUUCCUAAGAAUGAUAAAACCAAAAGCGUAAAAGAUGGUAAAGUAGCUAAAUCUGUCGUAAAAACUAAAAGCGCCAAGAAGAAAAAGAAGGGUCGUCCAAGAAACUACGAUCUUGGCAAUGGUGUCUACAGGUUUAGCAGGACCCAAAUGUUCCACAAAAAAGCUAAAUACAAGUUUAUUGGGAAAAAAAAUCCUAAGAAAGUGAAGCCUAAAAAGCCGAAAACUGUAGAAAAACCAAUUGGAGGUGAUAAAAAUGGUGGAAAGCGUAUUGUAUUAUUAAGAAAAAGGCGUAACUACUACCCAACUGCGAAAAGAAUUAAUCGUCAUCCAUCAAAGAAAACUUUUAGCCAACAUACACGUUAUACCAGGAAAUCUUUACUUCCUGGAAGAGUUUGCAUUUUGUUGGCUGGUAGGCAUAAGGGUAAAAGGGUAGUUUUGCUUAAAGUUCUUAAGAGUGGAUUAUUGCUUAUCACAGGUCCUUUCAAAAUUAAUGGAUGCCCUCUUCGAAGAAUAUCUCAAAAUUAUGUUAUUGCAACAAAAACAAGAGUGAAUAUUAAUAAAGUAAAAGUGCCCGAACAUUUAAAUGAUGAAUAUUUCAGAAGAAUAAAGCCUAAGAGGGCUAAGAAAGAAGAAGGUGACAUUUUUGCCAAGAAGGUUGAGGUUUACACAGUUUCGGAAAAGAGGAAAUUGGAUCAAAAGGAAGUUGACAAAGCAGUUAUAAAAGCAAUUAAAGGCCACAGAGACCAUCUUCUAAUAAUCAAAUAUUUGGCUGCAAUGUUUGGAUUGAAAAAAACCCAAUAUCCUCACAGACUUAUUUUUUAA